GCCGCCGGCCCCGGAGCGCUUUCCCGGCUGCACGCGGCCCCCGGAAGGGCGCACGGCGGAGAGGAAGGGACCGGGAGAGGAGAGGCAGGAGCGGGGCCAUGAACGGCUCGGCGAACUCGCUGCUGGACAAGGAGGAGCACCCGCUGCAGCUGGGCGAGAGCUUCGAGCGGCGGCCCAGGGCCUCCUUCCACACCAUCCGCUAUGAUUUCAAGCCAGCAUCAAUUGAUACGUCUUGUGAGGGGGAGCUUCAAGUCGGUAAAGGAGAUGACGUAACAAUCACUUUGCCACAUAUUCCGGGUUCAACUCCACCAAUGACUGUGUUUAAAGGAAAUAAAAGGCCAUAUCAGAAGGACUGUGUGCUUAUUAUCAAUCAUGACACUGGGGAAUACAUGCUGGAAAAGCUUAGCAGCAGCAUUCAAGUCAAGAAAACAAGAGCAGAGGGCAGCAGUAAGAUCCAAGCCCGGAUAGAACAACAGUCUGCCCGAGCAUCUCAGCCUCCUCCUUCACAGUUCAGAGCCCCAACCAAGCCAGCAGUUGGACCUAAAACUUCUCCUUUGAAAGAUAAUCCUUCCCCUGAGCCUCAGCUGGAUGACAUUAAGAGAGAGCUGAGAGCAGAGGUUGAAAUUAUUGAGCAGAUGAGCAGUAGCAGUGGAAGCAGCUCAUCGGAUUCAGAAAGCUCAUCUGGGAGUGAAGAUGAAAGCUCCAGCAGUGAGGGGGAAGAGCCAGCACAUGUUUCCCCUUCCCAGCCACCGCACCAGCAAUAUAACAACAGGAAUGCUGUUGCUAAUGGCACCAGCAGGCCGCAAGGAAGCAAUCAGCUCAUGAACACGCUCCGAAAUGACUUGCAGUUGAGUGAGUCUGGGAGCGACAGCGAUGACUAGAGGCUGAGCUUCUGCUGGUUUUGUUACAUAUACACAGAGAACUAAUUUACCUUGAAGUGAUCCUAUUGCUUACGAAGAGGAGCUGGCACAGAGAUAGUUCCAUGUGUGGAAUUUUAAUAGGAAAAAUUCAUAGCCCUACGAAAUAGCAGAUGUUGAGGGCUGUUUUACUUUGUGAAUUAAGUGUAUAUUUUGUGUAUAUUCGUAUUCUUUUAAACCUUUAAAUAGAUCUGUACAGUGGGUAAGCCAAUAUGUGUUCCUCUGUUCUUGUCCAUCAUCUGUAAGUUUAAUGUGUAACUUUAGGAUGUCAUCUAAAAAUUUCUUGUUUGUAGAAGACAACUUUGGGGGGGACUUUGUAUGUAGGGUGUGCAUGAGCCAACAAUGAGUUUAAAAAAGACAUGCAGGAGCUAGUGCGUGCACUGAAGUGGGACUGUCAUAAAUUAAGUUUCAAUGCCAAGUUGGUUUCUUUGGUUUGGAACUUCUCUAAUGUCUUUUUAUUGCUAUUUAUAGUCGACUUAAUGGACUUCCUUUAAAAAGUUGGAAAAGAGAAAUCAUAAAACCAUGUUCGUCACAAACCUUGCUGCACCAGUGCCUUAUAAGCAGGUUUUUUAAGCAGAGCUUCAAUUUCUGCCACCUUUCCUAUAGGGAGCAAUACUGAAGCCUCUUCAGAUUGCUUUUGCAGACAAGAGCUGUAUUUCACGUACAGCCAUCUGCACUCUGAGGGUGGUUACUCAAGCAAGAUAAAGGAUGUACAUCAGUCACCAGAACACAUCCAGAUAACCACAUCAGGAUUUUCUUGAGCAAUUGAAGUGUCCCAUUUAAUCAGACAUUCAGACUUAGUCUUCAGAAGUAUUUGGGAGCCCAAUUUCAAGUGAAGUUGCAGUGUCACAAAUACAAGAUAUUGUACUUAAUGAAAUUGUAGGACCACAGCCCUGUUUGCAGUUUCCUAGAGAAAGCAGAAAGAAGAGGUGACUGAACAAUUAACUGUGGAACAGCAAAAGUCUCUGUCCCACCACAGCUGUCCAGGUAGACUUUAGUUUAUGUUGUUUGUUGGGCAGGAUCUGUGCUUCACAGGAGUGCACAGGACACAAAAUACUUGCCCAGAGUGAAAUUCACCCUAUUUAAGGGGGUUUAAAAGGUGCUUGGUUGGAUUAUGAUUAACUUCUUUUGCUCGCAUGGAAAAUGAGCGCCACAGGCAGCCUCUGGCAGCUUAAACAUUAGGCUGUUUUUAAAAACCAGACUUCAACUGGCAUAGGACAAGUGGGGCUGUAAUUGUGGUGUAAUCCAGGAGAAUGGGAAGCUGAUGCCUCUCCAUUCUUAAGUGUCUGCUUUGCACUGCUUUUGUCUGUCAGUUUGUGUUUUAACUCCUGUUUGUUUACUGAGUUCUUUUUUUUUUUAAGGUGUUGAAGAGCAAGGGGACAUUUGAAGGGAGAUUUUAUUAAAUGGUUUAUUUUUUUGCAUUAGAUACAUAUUUAGGCAUAUUUUUGCAUUAUUGUACAUACAUUUACAAAUACUUGGUUUUUUUAUAAGUGUUUUAUGAUGUGGUUACAUAUUUUAACAGACAAUUAUGAAAUAUACUUGAUGUAAAGACAAAAUUGCUCUCCUUUUUUUUUUUAUCUUCUUUUUUUCCCUCCCCUUGUUCCUCCUCCUUCAGUAAAAAUGCUCUGUUCUUACAGACUUGUACCAGUUUGGGGUUUUACACUUUGGUGCAGGAGAUCUGCAUGGCAGUUGGCAGUCUAAUUAAUGCUAAUACUCCUCUUGACUUUUCCCCAGCUUAAGAUUUGAAUAAGCAGGGAGACAUUUCUCUGAUGCCGUUUCCCCAUUACUGGAGCUUAUUCCUGAGUUCUGUUGACAUUAUUUGCACUUAAAUGGAAAAACAGCAGUGCAGCAUUUUCAUUGCUUAUCAUUCACUGGCUGCUUAUGCAUUCUAAAAUCAAGGACACGGCAUAGGUAGGUAGUAAUUAUGUGUAAAUAAAACAUAUUAAACUUAAGAGAAUAAGACAACACCCCACUACGUUGAUUUGAAUCGCCACUUUAAUUAUUUAGAUCAUCAAGUGGGAACACUUCCUUCAGAUAAUCAAUUUCUUUCUUCUGUGUUUGUACUCUAGGUCACGUUUCACUACUAUCCCUCCCUUCCCGUCUCUUGGUAACAAAAUCAACAUUUUUUUACACAAUUGCAUGCAGCUUUUAAACUACAUUUGGCCUUCCUUUGUGCCCUCGGAAGAUGUGUUGUAUCAAGGGUGGCCAACCUGUUGUUUGGAAGCUGUUGAGCUGCACAUCCCACACCCCGACUAGAGCAUUUGGGUGUCCACAGUGAGUAAUGUGGCCUGCAGCCCACUCAUGGGCGUGUGUGACCAACCCGUCUCCUCCCUACCACUGUGUCCCGAGCAGCUCCUGGCAUCUUCUGCCAGAGAAGCUCUUUGGGAUCUCCACCUUUCCCACACGUAUGUGACAGGUGUUUCAUGAAGGUGAACCAACCGUGUGGAGACUUCACUAGGCAACACCUAAGAUCAGAAAGCAUGGCUGACACUUUUUUACCUUUUUCUAAAUACACGAGUGUGCUUUGAAGUCAUUGCCAGCCUGACAUUUUGAUUAAGGUUCUUAAAGUUUUAUGUUUUAUGUAUUAAGAAAUAGUAAAAGUUGUCUAUCUGUUCCUGUUAGACGGUUCUUCAUUUGUUCAUGAUUUGUGGCAAGUUAUACUCAGAUGGAAAUUGGAAUUCAAAUUACUUGCAGAAAAGCAAUUAUUUAGAAUUCUUUUAAUUAGUUGACAAUAUCUUUAACAUGCUGGAGAAAUAAGUCAGACUGAAAUAUGUUUUGAUUGAACCCGGUAAUGAAACAAAUUAUUCCUGCUUAUUCCUGUUACGUUCUACACUGCAGGAUUUUAGCACUAACAGAUUGUAACACUUCACGCUCCUUUUUCCACAUAAAAUAGGAAAAUCUUUUAUAUCCCUAUUAGUGUAAAUGUGAAUUAACAGUGCAUAUAGAAUGCAAUUAUUGGAAUGAACUGAAACUAAGUAAAUAUUUCUUUGCAUUUGUGGGCAAGCUGCCUGCUGGCUAUGGUGAGUUUAGCGGUUCAAGACAAGGUUUCUUCUGUUCCGUGACUUAAUUUCUGUGGUUUGAUUUUGCUUAAAAUUUCAGCAGCAAGCAUGGCCUGCUUAUGACUUUUCCCAUAACUAGAAUUGCUCUAGGAGUAAUAGUCAAUAAUGAUUUAAAUUCAUUCAAUUAGAUUGUUGUAAUUUCAACUGCAGUUACUAAUUAUUUUUUAAUUAAAAAAUAUUUUGUUUCAAAAAGGACAGAUUCAGUCAUCUGCUUGUCUAUCUUGGACACCUUAAAAUAUGAUUGCAGCAAUGCCCAAGCUGGUCAGCCGUGCAGAAAAGCUUCCACGCACCACUGCCUUUGUUCCUCCCCCGAGGGCUGACCAGCCCUCCCAGUAGGCAUGGUUUGAGUCACUCCAGCUAAACUACACGGAUGGCCACCUCCAGGCAGAAAGUGUCCCAGUCCCGUGAUGAGUCACGUAUUUGUAAGAGUGCACAACAUGACCCUCUACUGUUCCACCAAAGCAUCCCUCUCCUGUCACAAGUCUUGGCUAAACCGAUUUUGUCGAGAAGGAAGACUACAGGAAAACAAUUGUUUUCCUCAGCAUUGCUUGGAAUAGCUCAGAGCUUAACUGUGGGUAGUACAUCUAUUUUGAAGAAUCUAUGCCUAUGCUGAUCUACAGUUUGCUUUAUUAUAGACUAGCUAUAUGCCUGCUUAUAGCUAUGUAUAGAAACAGAUUGCUGUGCAAAGCUUUAGAGUCUUUUUUUCUCCUCCUUCAAAGUCCAUUUAUUUGAAUAAUAA